UGUCUGUGCUGGAAAGGCAGUCCAGGGCAGGAACUGUGCCAGUUUAUCACUUCAGCUCCUGCUGUCACUCAGGAGUCGCUGGGCGGCUCUAGCCAAUCAGGGCCUCCAGGCUCACACUGUUCAACGAAAAAGCGUCGUGGGGCCGCGGGAGGCGGGCUCUGCCUGGCUGCCAUGCUGUGGACUGAGCUCCGGGGCUGAGGGAGGCCUUGUGGGUGCGUGUGCCGCGAGCUGUGAGGAGAGUGCAGGCAAAGUUGGACGCCGUGACAUGGCCUCAGUGAGCUUUGAGGACGUGGCUGUGCACUUCACCCAGGAAGAGUGGGCUUUGCUGGAUCCUUCCCAGAAGAGUCUGUACAGAGAUGUGAUGCAGGAGACCUGCAGGAACCUCGCUGCGAUAGGAAGCAAAUGGAAAGAGGAGAAUGUUGAAGACUGUUAUAAAAUUCCUGGGAGAAAUCUAAGAAGUUCCAUGUUAGAGACCCCUCAUGAGAAUUCAGGAGAUGGUCAGGACGAAGAAACCGUGAUGUGGAUAGCAAAUCUCCAUACAAGCAUGGCAGUUUUUCCUGAACUAACACCAUGUGAAUCCAGUGUGUAUGGAAAGAUUUCCAUGUGUCCUUCAUCUUCUCGUAGGCAUGCCACAUCUCACUCUCAUUAUAAACCACAUGAACAUGAGGAAUUUGGAGGCAAUCAAUAUGACUUGAAUUCUCUUACCAGCUUUCAAAGGUGUAUGGGAGCUCAUACUGGGAAUGGGCCUUGUGAAUGUGAGGUGUGUUUAAAAGCUUUCUGUUUUCCAAAGUCAUUAGGAAUACAUCAAGAGGCUCACAGUGAUAAAACACCCUAUCAAUACAAGGAAUGUGGAAAGGUCUCUCUUUAUACACACAGAGGAACACACAUUAUGGGAAAGCUUUAUGAAUGCAAUAUAUGUGGUAAAGCUUUGAGUUCUUCUACUUCCCUUCAAAGACAUGAAAUAAUUCACACCAAAAGACUCUAUGAAUGCACAUAUUGUGGUAAAGGCUUUAAAUAUCCCAAGUAUCUUCGGUUACAUGAAAGAAUUCAUACUGGAGAGAAACCCUAUGAAUGUAAACAAUGUGGGAAAGCCUUUAGAUUUCCUGGUGCCUUGCCACUACAUGAAAAAAUUCAUACUGGAGAGAAACCCUAUGAAUGUAAACAAUGUGGGAAAGCCUUUAGAUUUCCUGGUUCCCUGCCAUUACAUGAAAAAAUUCAUACUGGAGAAAAGCCUUAUGAAUGUAAACAAUGUGGGAAAGCUUUUAGGCGUCACUAUCAUCUUCAGUUACAUGAAAAAAUUCAUACUGGAGAAAAACCCUAUGAAUGUAAACAAUGUGGAAAAGCCUUCAGACGGCACAGUCAUCUUCAGAGACAUGAACGAACCCAUGCUCGAGAGAAACCCUAUGAGUGUAAAUAACGUGCUAAAGCCUUUACACUUCACAGUUAUCUUCUGUCACAUAAAAGAAUUCAUAGUGGAGGAAACAAAUGCUGUGCGUGUAUACAGUGUUGGAAAGCCUUUAGGUUCCAUGGGUUCUUGCAAUUAUAUGAAAUCAAUCAUAUUAGAUGCAAACCCUAUGAAGUAAACACUGUGGUGAGGCCUUUAGAGAGUCACUUCAGCUUCAUAAAAGAAGUGUAUACUGGAGAAAGCUGUGUGACUGUGGACAUUGUGCUGAGGCUCUUAGAUGUUACACUUUGUAGUACAAAAAAAACUCAUUCUGGAAGAAAGUCCUCUGAAUGUAAAUAGUAUGGCUAAAAGGUCACAUAUCACAGUGUUCUUCAGACAUGGGUUCUUCUGAUGUAACCCAUAUGUGAGAAAAACCCUAUAGAUGUAAUAUAUAUAUACAUAUAUAAAUUCUUUGUAUGGAACAGAUCUCUUCAGUUCUUUCAUACUCAAUAAAACCUCUAAGGAUGUGAACAGUGUGGUAAAGGCAUCAUCUGUCACAGUUUCAGAGAAAGUGUUGUGUGGGGUGAUGUAAAAAAUAUUUACUUACCUCAGAUGGGAACCAAAAAUGAUUCUUCCAGAGCCCAACUUGUUGUUGUUGUUGGUUUUUUUUUUUUG